AUGUCGGGAACUACUCCAGAACGCAAGUCAGAGGACAUCACCUCAGCACCUCGUCGCCACAGCAAAGAUGAAGAAGAAGCAAGAGGCCAUAACUUGGACCACGAGAAGCACGAGUACUCAACAACGCUCUCCGACUCGGACAACUCCUCAACCAUUGAUGCCUCUGAACGAAGUGCUCCGGGCGUGUCGAUAUCCCGAACAGUGUCCGAGGUGCGAGAUGGCAUUGCGAAUCAGAGGGAUCUGGAGCGAGGGGACGAUGCUAUUGAGAAGACGCCCACGGUCAGAAUCGACGACCCGAAUGUGGUGAAGUGGACGGGACCUGAUGACCCGGAGAAUCCAAAGAACUGGCUGCUCAAGAGGAAGUGGGCGGCAGUCUUCUGCGUCUCCUGCUUCACCCUCAUCUCUCCCGUUGCCUCAUCCAUGGUGGCCCCCGGCCUCCCCCAAAUCAGCAAAGACCUGCACAUCACCGAGGAAAUCGAAAGCGCCCUCGUGCUCUCCAUCUUCGUCGCCGCCUACGCCCUCGGGCCCCUGAUGUGGGGACCCCUCUCAGAGCUCUACGGCCGCACCAUCAUCCUGCAAAUCUCCAACCUGUGGUUCCUGCUCUUCAACCUGGGCUGCGGCCUCGCCCGGACCGAGGCGCAGAUGUUCGUCUUCCGCUUCCUCGCGGGCAUCGGAGGAUCCGCGCCCCUGGCCAUUGGCGGCGGCGUGCUGGGCGACCUAUUCAACGCCGAGCAGAGGGGCAAGGCCAUGAGCAUCUACUCGCUGAUGCCGCUGCUGGGCCCGGCGCUGGGCCCGAUUGCCGGCGGCUGGGUGACGGACCGGACGACGUGGCGAUGGGUCUUCUACAGCACGACGAUUGCGUGCGGCGUGAUCCAGACGGCGGGCGUCUUCUUCCUGCAGGAGACGUACGCGCCGGUGCUGCUGCAGCGCAAGAAGAAGGCGCUGAUGAAGGAGACGGGCAACACGAAUCUCGUGACUGAAUACGAUCGCCCAGAUCGGACUGUAUUUCAGACGCUGACGACGGCGCUGACUCGGCCGUUCCGCCUGUUGGUCACGCAGCCUAUUGUGCAGAUCAUGUCGCUGUACAUGAUGUUCCUCUACGGCGUGACGUACCUGGUCCUCUCGACCUUUGCCUCGCUCUGGGCCAACGAGUACCACGAGAGCCCCGGCAUCGCAGGCCUCAACUACAUCUCCCUCGGCCUCGGCUUCUUCCUGGGGGCCCAGAUCUGCGCGCCGCUGCAGGACCGCAUCUACGCCGCCCUCAAGCGCCGCUACGUCCCCGACGGCGGGCCCGGCCGGCCUGAGUUCCGCGUGCCGAUGCUCAUCCCCGGCGCCAUCCUAUUGCCCAUUGGCAUCCUCAUCUACAGCUGGACCGCAGAGGCGCACACGCACUGGAUCGGGCCCAACAUUGGCGCCGUGGUGUUCGGCGCCAGCAUCAUCAUCGGCUUCCAAUGCACCCAGGGAUACAUAGUGGACUCGUACACGCGGUACGCGGCCAGCGCCAUCAGCGCCGUGACUGUGCUGCGGAGUCUGGCGGGCUUUGGGUUCCCGCUGUUUGCGCCGGCAAUGUAUAACAAGCUUGGAUAUGGCAUUGGCGGGACGGUGCUGGCUGCGGUUGCGAUUGGGAUUGGGUGGCCGAGCCCCAUCUUUUUGUGGUUUUAUGGCCCCAAGUUGAGGGCUAUGAGCAAGUUUGCGCAGUGA